CCCUUCACCGAAACUCAGAUCCCGCCGUCACAAAUUCCAUCGAGCGGGAGACCUCCGAAAUCCGAAAAUUCCCCAAUCCUCUUCCAACCCUAGCCCCCUUGCUUCCUCCCCCCUUCCCCUUCCCGCUUCCAAGCACCCUCACCGCCCGCGGUCCACGCCCAUUGGAUCCCGAGCCACCAUCCCGCAAGAAUACCUCUUCGCGCCCAGUAACUUCGUUGCCUGAGGGGGAGUCAUGGAGGACGGCAGCGGCGGCGCCGGCGCCGGCGGUGAGGGGAGCACGAGCGGGGGGAGGUUCCCGAUACUGCAGGCGAACCGGGACCCGGAGUCGAACUGGGAGGUGGACGUCGCCAAGAGCCUCGAGGAGUACCUCCUCAAGAUCUGCUCAGGCGAGAUCUCCGCCGAAGACGGGGCCCACAGCUUCAACUUCGCCGAAGCUGCGCUAUUGCUCCAAGGUUCAGUUCAAGUUUACAGCCGCAAGGUGGAGUACCUGUACUCAUUGGUGCUACAUGCGCUGGAAUUUCUCUCGCAAAAUAAGCAAGAUCAACAAGAAAAGGGAUCUGCUGAAGCUAACGAAAAUGGUCCUAGCACUACUGCCAACAAAGAAGAUGAUAUGUUUAUGGGUUUAGAUGAUGUCCCAGCGGAAACAAGGACCACUUUGGAUAACAACCUUGACCAGGAUGAUCUGCGAAGAAAAAUUGUGAGGCCACCAGCAAAUCUUCUAGUGUUCGAAGGAGACUGUGUCGAUAGCGAAGCAAGCGAGCUGGAUUCAUAUUUGUUAGCAACAUGUGGUUUCUUCGGAGAUUUCCUCCUGCUGGAUCCAUGUGACGCACCAGCUGUUUUUGAAUUUUUUCAAGGAAAAAAAUCAUGCAAAGAAGAUAUUUUGGCUCAUAGACGAACUCCUGGGAAAGCCCGAAACAAUGUCUUCACUUCCCCAAAUGUAAGAUCAGGGGGUACUGCUCGUAGACGAACUCCAGGGAAAGCCCGAGAUGAAAAUAUAGAUCCAACUCAGGACAGCGAGCAAUCUCAUGAAAUGAUAGCAGAUCAAAGUCAAGAAGAUAGCUGGCCUCAUCAUCCUGUUGACCACAAUUCUCCUAUCAUCAUGCCCCCACCAGAUGAUGAAGACCCUGGGUGCCCAGAUCUUGGGGAUGAUUCUGAUGAUGAAGAUCCAUAUAAAUCUUUGGAUCCGCAUGAACCUAGCAACCUAAAGAUCAAGCCUUACAAGAGAGUAAAAGCUUUUUCAAGGCAAGUUAUUGGCGCUCCAAAGAAGAAAACCCUUGCAUCUAUAUUUCCUGUGGCAAAAAUGGAUGGUGUUGUUAGUCCUGAACUAACAAAAUAUUUUGAAGUACAAAUGUCUCAGCAGGAAAAACCUGAUGUCUCCCAGUCAGUUCCUCUUUAUGAAAAGCUUAGAGAGUCAUUUGAAACUGGUGAAGUAAAUUGCCAUAUAUCUGGAGAUUUGAAGGAUGACAAACAGACCAAUAAUUUUGAUGAUAUUGAUGGGCCAGACACCCCGAAUGAUCCAUAUGUUGACAUGGAUAUUGAUGAUGACAUGCCAAGUUACUCAGAUAAGAUUGAUGAUGACGUGGUUCGAGUUACGCAGGACAGCAUGGAUGGACAUAAAAGCCUUGAUGAUUUGUGUCGAUCACAUCUGGAUGCUCUCCUUGCUAGCAUAGCUGAGGCUGAACAACAAACCGAGCUGGAUGCACGAGUUUCAACAUGGAAAGAGCGAAUAGAGCUUGCCUUGGAAGAGCAGGAUAGAAACCCACCCUUUGAUAUUGGUUUAUAUGGAGAGCAGAUCCUUGACACACUCUCGUCAAGAACUGAUACAGGGAUUGCAUCAUUCAGUGAGAUUGUUAGCAGCAAACCAAAGUACGAGGUUGCAAGAACAUUCUCUGCCCUUCUCCAGCUGGUGAAUGGCAGAAGUGUUGAUCUGGACAAAGGACAAGCUACAAAUGACUUGGUUUGCUACACAGCUGUGAAUCCAUUCCAUGUAAAGCUGAUUGGUCCCAACCGUAGACCAGAGAUGGAGGCACGUUUUGCACGCAAGAGAGUCAAGUCCCCUCAAAGAAGUUGUGGUGAAGAGGGCGAGCCCUCUCGGGUACAACCAAAUUCGUCUAAGAAGCAGCCACCUAAAAAUGGCAAGGUUUCAGUUAAGGCAGCAGUCAGAUUGACUCCUGAAGGAAAGCGAAGGCGAAAGUCUGCUCAACUGCUGCAGCCAUUCAAUCUGGAAUCCAGCUGAUGCGCAGACUGACCUUAGCAGUCUAAUUUUUCUCUUGUAUUGUUGAGUGUCUAAGCCUCCCCCCCGAGGAACAUUGUUGAUUGUCUAGCUGAUGGCAGUGGUUGAUAAGAAGGGUGAAGUAUUAGGUUAUGAAUUAGGGCCUAGCUAGAGCGCUAGAUGGUGUAUAUGUACAAUUGAUCAUUGUGCUGUUAUGUAUGUAUAUUAUUGAUAUCGACCCAAAUGUAAUGUUUACUGGCAACGUUUUUGGGCCAGAAUUGCCCCUGUAUCGGGCGGAUACGAUUGUUUGAUAUUCUAAUUCAGUAGUUGGCAUUUGA